UGCUUUUCUUGUGAGAUCUGGCAACCGACUCACAGCCUGUACUGCAACAUGGCAGCGUGCGAGCUGAAGGGAGAGCUCAAGUAUCGAGAUGGACAGACAAGCCAGUUUACAGUACAAGCAGAUGGCCAUUUGAAAUCAAUGAUAACUGGCAUCAAGAAACUAAAUGCUGAUAUAUCUGAAGUUCUGACGGCUCUUGUUGAACAAGAAAGGGGCUCAGCGGAAAACAGCACAGCAGAUGUAGAUGACGAAGAGGACAGUGACGAGGAGGAUAAUGCCACACAAAUGACCGCUAAAAAGCCGAACUCGGAGCCUCCGAAGAAGCGGAUAAAAACCUUGCGGUCAUGAUAUUCAGAACUGGCAUUGUUUUGUUAUGGCCUUUAUUUCAUAAAGACGUAUGGUCACAUCUGAAAAACCUUUAUGUCAGCCACAAAUUCGAGACCGUGUUGAGAUUUUGCCUUAUUUUGUUAUAUUUAUAAGUUAUUUUUUCAGGUUCCUCUAAAAGGCGAAAGCGCAAGCGCGUGAAAGGAAAAUUGUUUCGUCAAUAAAUUUUUCCUGUUGUAAAAAGUUACAAAUUGACAGCGGUUAUCGGUACUGUGGUUUCUUCAGCUAACAGGUAAUGAUAAACCACUGUGCAAUAAACUGGAUUCAAAUUGUCCAAUAAAA